CGUGAGGAGGCGCCGAGAGAGGCCAGACGGGUGGCGCAGCGCUGGGCAAAGUGGCACGGUCCAGGGUUGCGAUUGAAAUGAACGAUCCGGAGAAAGGCAGCCGCGGGCAGCGGGAGCCGCUCAAGAUCGAUGGCAAUUCCGGCGGCCUUGGGUGUUGUGGCUGGAUCCUGGUUAUAUUUUCCUUCAUAAUAGUGGUUGUCACGGCUCCCUUUUCCAUUUGGUUUUGCAUAAAGAUUGUCAAAGAAUAUGAGCGGGCCAUCAUCUUCAGACUCGGACGUAUCCUAAAAGGAGGGGCAAAGGGGCCAGGGCUGUUUUUUGUCUUGCCUUGCACAGACAAUAUCAUCAAAGUGGAUAUGAGAACCAUCUCAUUUGAUAUCCCGCCGCAGGAAAUCCUCACCAAAGACUCUGUGACGGUCAACGUAGACGGGGUAGUCUACUACCGAGUGCAGAAUGCCACCCUCGCCGUAGCCAACAUCACCAACGCCGACUCGGCGACUCGGCUGCUGGCUCAAACUACACUCAGGAACGUGCUGGGGACCAAGAAUCUUUCUCAGAUCCUCUCCGAUCGGGAAGAGAUUGCUCACAGCAUGCAGGCCACCUUGGACGAUGCCACGGAUGACUGGGGCAUAAAAGUGGCGCGGGUGGAAAUCAAGGACGUGAAGUUACCGAUCCAGCUUCAGAGGGCCAUGGCGGCUGAAGCCGAAGCCGCUCGAGAAGCCAGGGCUAAGGUCAUUGCUGCGGAGGGAGAAAUGAACGCAUCCCGGGCGCUUAAGGAAGCGGCGAUCGUCAUCUCGGAGUCUCCCGCUGCCCUCCAGCUCCGCUACCUGCAGACUUUGACCACCAUUGCCGCCGAGAAGAAUUCCACCAUCGUCUUCCCCCUGCCCAUAGACAUGCUGCAAGGGAUUGUGGGAAUGAGGCAGUAGCGAAGGCAGCCACGUUGGCGAAAGGGAGAAGGGAAGCUAGAUUUAAUGCAAACGUCAGCUUCGGCUAGGCGAGAAAUUGCAACCAUGUAGAGUUCCUAAGUAUUUGGCAUCAGCCAGUUCCUCUGCGUUGUCCCUCUGAACAAAUAAAUAGAAGUCCCAUUUUGCUUCUCCC